AUGGGAGCAUCUGAUUCUUAAAUAAAAGAUCAACUAAUUAAUAAACCAGAAUUCUAGAAAUAUCUUAAAUAAAUAUGCUUUAAUGUUCCAUAAAAUAUAAUAAAUAAAAAUCAUUAUGACAAUAUACUUGGAAAUCUUAAAUAAUUUAAUGUCAUAAGAAUUGGAUCAACUCCUUUGGGAGAUCGACUCUUUAAUGUUUUAAAUGCUAAAAAUAAUGGUAAAAUUACAUCAGAGAUUCUAUAUUAAUUCUUAACUUAAUUAAAUGUUAAUAAAGAAUCUAGAUGUGAAUGUAAUAAAUAUUAAUUAUUCAUUAGAUACAUUUUAAGCUUAUAGUUUUGAAGGUUAAAGUAUCUAAAGUACAGUAUCAGAAAAAAACUUUAUUGAAAUAGUAGUUGAUUCAUGGGAAAGAGCAUUUACCGGAUUAGUUGAAUUACUCCCUGAAAAUUAAAAAUAAGAUGGAGAUUUAAUAGAAAAUUGGAGUAAAUCUGAAAAUUAAAAGCUAUUGAUCAGGAAAGCAGCAUAAAUGAGUUUUAAAAAUUUUAGCAAAAGUUAAAAUAACAAAGUUGACUAUUUAACAUUUAAAAAUUGGAUAUAUUCUGAAAAAGAAGAUAAGAUAGUAGCUAAAUAUGAUGGAAAGGUUGUAGUUGUUCCAUUAACAUUAUAUAAAUUUACAAAAUGA